CGAUGGACACAGACGAUGGCCUUCGCUAUUGAAGAGAUAAACCAACGGCGGGACCUACUUCCCCGUCUAAAGCUGGGCUACCACAUUCGCGACAGCUGUGAUGACAUCCCCGUGUCUCUGAGAAGUUCCCUGCUCCUCGUAAGUGGACCUCCCGACUUGAAUGCCAACUCCGCCUGCCGAGGGGUGCCCAGGCCCGUGUCGCCCGUCAUUAUCGGAGACGCCGCUUCAGGCGUGUCCAUGGCCAUCCUCAGAACCCUCGGCUCCUUUGGAAUCCCCCUGGUGAGUUACUUUGCCUCCUGCAAUUGCCUCAGCAAUAAGAAAGAAUUUCCGACGUUUAUGAGGACGAUGCCUAGUGAUGCUUUUCAGAUAAAGGCCAUAGCUAAGCUCAUCAGGUACUUUCACUGGACCUGGGUCGGGGUGAUAGGGGUGGAGUCGGACUACGCCCGCUUUGCCAUACAGCUAUUCCUGGAGGAGUCCUCCAAGUAUGGUGCGUGUGCCGCCUACGUUCACUUUUACCCAGUGCUCCUCUCCAAGGAGUCCAUUGCUGACCUGAUGCAGACCAUCAGGGGAUCCACUGCCAAGGUAAUCCUGAAUUUCUCCGGGGAAUCAGAGCUACAGACGAUCUUGACGGAGUGUCGGCGGCAGAACAUGACGCACAUCCAGUGGAUCGCCAGUGAGGCCUGGGCCACGGCUAAGUCCCUGUGGGGGGAGUUUCAGGGCCUGCUGACGGGAACUUUGGGCUUCGCCAUACGCAAGGCCGAAAUCCCAGGCCUGCAGGGCUUCCUGACCCGGGGGCUGCUGGUCCGAGCCCACCAGUCCCCAUUCUUUGCAGAAUUAUGGGAGGAGACGUUCAACUGCAAGCUGAACGUCUCGUUGAACCGGCAUGUGCACAGCGAUGCGGCCCUGAGCAGGAGGCCAUGUGCCGAGGAGGAGGAAGCCCCAGAGGCUGUUCGCUCUGACUACUCCGACGUCUCCCAGCUGCGUGUGUCCUACAACGUGUACAAAGCCGUGUACUUGGUGGCACAAGCUCUGCACGACAUGAGCGGCUGCACGAGAGGGGCAGGGCCUUUCGAGAAUGGCACAUGUGCGGACCCCGAAAACGUCCUCCCUUGGCAGCUCCUACACUACAUGAAGCAAGCCAGCUUCAACAUGUUGGGGGAGCAGGUCAGCUUCGACAAGAACGGGGACCCCAUAGCCUCCUAUGACCUCAUGAACUGGCAGAAGGGGCCAGACGGUUCCCUGCAGCUAGUGAAAGUGGGGUUCUACGACACCUCACUGGGCGGGGAGAAGGAGCUCGUCAUUAACGAUACGGCCAUCUGGUGGCACUGGGGCCAGCAGGGCCCCCCCGCAUCUGUGUGCAGUGCAAGCUGCACCCCCGGCUCCAGAAAGGCCACUCGCAAAGGAGAGCCCAUCUGCUGCUUUGACUGCCUUCCAUGCACCGAAGGGGAGAUUAGCAACGAGACCGACUCUUUGGAUUGCAGGAGAUGCUCUGUGGAGACAUGGCCUAACGAAGCCCAAGACCAUUGUGUGCCCAAGACCACUGAGUUCCUCUCUUACCAUGGGUCAAUGGGCAUAGUGCUGUGUACAUGCUCCUUGUUUGGUCUCUUUGUGACCAUGGCCAUAUUUGGGGUAUUCGUCGCCUAUAGGACCACCCCAGUCGUCCGUGGCAACAACAUGGAGCUGAGCUUCUUGUUGCUAAUCUUCCUCAGCGUCUGCUUCCUGAGUGGCCUCACCUUCAUCGGUGAGCCCACUGACUGGCUUUGCCGCAUCCGCUACACCACGUUUGGGAUCAGCUUCUCCCUCUGCAUCUCUUGCAUUCUUGCCAAGACAGUGGUGGUGCUGAUGGCGUUCCGGGCCACCCUGCCAGAUAGCCGAGUCAUGCGGUGGUUUGGGCCGGCCCAGCAGAGGGCCAGCGUGUUCCUCUGCACCUGCAUCCAGAUCGUCAUCUGUCUGAUCUGGCUGACCACAAGACCUCCCUUAGCUGUGAGGAACACCAGGCACCACAGUUCCCGGAUCAUACUGGAGUGUGUGGUGGGUUCGGAUGUGGGGUUCUGGUCCGUUCUUGGCUACAUUGGACUCCUGGCCUGCCUCUGCUUCCUGCUGGCCUUCCUGGCCAGGAAGCUGCCCGACAACUUCAACGAGGCCAAGUUCAUCACCUUCAGCAUGCUCAUCUUCUUCGCCGUUUGGAUCACCUUCAUCCCAGUGUAUAUCAGCACGUCUGGCCAGUACAUGGUGGCCGUCCACAUUUUCGCUAUCUUAGCGUCCGCUUUCGGCAUCCUGCUCUGCAUUUUCGCCCCAAAGUGCUACAUUGUGUUACUGAAACCAGAAAAAAACACCAAAAAACAAAUGAUGCUAAAAAAAUAA